AGCCCGUUACAAGCUAUCGCUCCUUCUGCCAAAACAUAGCAACCAUUGACGCCAACAACAUCAACGUCGAUCAAAACGUGAAACACAUUGUUAGUUAUAGACAACUGUUUGUUGAAACACAAUCAUGGAUCAAACAAAAAGGCCAUUGUUAAUUCCACCGGAGUUUAGCACUUAUGCCGAAAAACAUGGAAUUUUCGAAAUGUACAAGAAGCUGAUGGAGCAGCUGAUAAUUAGCAAACCUGCUGACCCAGUUGCAUUUCUCAUUGACUUACUGAAGCGAGAUACUCAUGAUGUUCCACAAGUGAUCAUCAUAGGGCCUCCUGCUUCUGGAAAGAAGACCAUUUCUAAGAUGUGUGCCACCAAACUUAGGACAGCUCACCUAACAACAGAAAACCUCAUCACGGAAGCAGAGACUGAUCUUAAGAUGAAGAUGUUAGAACUACAGAAGAAGAAACAACCUAUCCCAACUGAUAUGUGGGUGAAGGUGAUUGAAGACAGGGUCAAACUUCCAGACUGUGUAAAGAAGGGUUGGGUAAUGGAAGGAUUUCCGCAGACCAGAGAACAGGCCUUGGCUAUACAGGCCAUAGGCAUUCAUCCAAAACAUUGUGUUCUGUUAGAUGCCCCAGACACAGUGCUGAUAGAAAGAGCCCAUGGGAAGCGAGUGGAUCCAAAAACUGGAGACAUAUAUCACACUACCUUUGACUGGCCAUCCUCUACGGAGAUACAGAGCCGCCUGGAGGAAGCUGAGGGGUACGGAGAGGAGGACAUGGUAGCCAAAUUGAUAGAAUACCACAGGCAUAUUGAUGGUAUUCUCACAUGCUUCAAUAAGGGACUCAAAACCGUCAACGCCGAUCAGCCUCAGGCAGAUGUUUUUCUUCAAGUGUUCACAUACCUGUGUGGACAGGCGAGAACAAAUGCACCUCACACACCCCGCGUGGUGUUAUUAGGCGCCACAGGAUCAGGGAAGGGUGUACAAGCCUCCCUUCUGGCCACCAAAUACAAUCUUGUUAGCGUGUCGUGUGGCUCCAUGAUCAAGCAAGCAAUAGCAGAUGAAACAAAGGAAGGACAGACAGCCAUACCAUAUGUCAACAAAGAUAUGAUGGUGCCCGACGUGACAGUAAUGGAGAUCCUCAGACAGCGCCUCUCCCAGCUGGACUGUAUGAGUAGGGGCUGGGUAUUGCACGGAUACCCUCGGACUCGGGAACAGGCAGAAGGUCUCACACAGGAAGGAUUUGUCCCUAACAGAGUGUUCUUUUUGAAUGUCCCCAAUGAUUCUGUGGUGGAGCGUCUGACACUUCGGGCCACAGACCCCAUCACUGGAGAUCGCUACCACAUGCUGUACAACCCACCACGCACAGAGGAUGUUAAGGCAAGGCUUCAAAAGCUUCCUAAAGAUGAGGCAGAACAGGUCAACAAACGCCUAGCUACUUAUAAUGCUUAUGUGGAGGAAAUUUCAGACUUUUAUGUCGAUGCACAGCACGUGAAUGCUGACCAAGACCCCCAUACUGUGUUUGAAUGUAUUGAAAGCAUGAUUGUCAAUCCACUUCCAAGAAAAGUAUGAUUCUGCCCAAGUUGACAUUUGACAUUACGACUAACAUUGAUGACUUUGUUCCAUUACAAAUGUGCUAUGGUGAAUGUGACACUCCGUACUUGAGUUGGUUCCAUCAAGAUGAGUAUUGUUUAUGGUGACAGAGGUCACAGACUGGAAUUAUUUCACAUCUAUUAAAACUAAUGAUGACACUGUUUAGUGUCAAAUAUGUGAUAGUUAUAUUAUGUUAAUGCCUACAUGUAUGUGAUAAAAUUAUUUUAUUUUAGCACAUUGCUGCCCAAAGAGACAAUUACAUGUUACAAUGUUAAGAUGGAAUGUAAAUUUUUAAUAGCAGUUUUUAAAGAUACUUAUUGUUUUGUUGAAAACAUGUAUUUACAAGAAAUUUUCGGAUAGCUGUUCGAAAAGUCUGGUGUAUGAAAUGUACAAUACAUAUAUAUUAUUGUUACAGUAUUUCAUGUUUGAAUUGAAAUAUGUAUCAAUAUUACAAAUCAAUUUCUUUACGUACAUACCUUAUGUUUAUGAAUUAGUUUCUAAAUUUGUCACAAAUAUAUAUGUUUUUGGAAGAAAACAAUAGCAUUGUUUUUAUGGAUGUAUUUAAAAGAAAAUAUUAAAUUGAUAUCAUGCCAAU